AUGAAGUUGAAAACGAGGCUACGUGAGGACGAGGAUGCAUCAAGCCUUAAGCCAACAGGUGGUAGCAGGCAACAAGAGCAAGCAAAGAGGGUCAUCAAAUCAGUCUCCAUACUUACAUAUCUUACCAACAGACUAAUGUAACCAGGCAACCAAGCUGCUGUAACCAAGUAAAAACCAAUGUUACUAGGCAACAAGUUAAUGUGUGUUGAUAACUGAACUAAUAAGAAUACAGUCCACAUGCUGGAUUCCCGUGACCUGCUGCCCAUUCUUUUUACCCACAAUCCUCUCUGUCAUGGGGUCCAUCGGUGAGAUCGAGGUCUGUCUCCCCGUCCCUGUGUUUGUGGCUGCUGUGAAACUGACCCAGGAACAGUCCGUGGAUUACAUAGGAGCAGAUAAGCAUGGUGACUAUAAGUAUGGCCUGCACAUAACACGCAGUAACAAGAUAGUGUCCAUGAAAGUCUCCCUGCUGCGCUCUGGGGACAGCGACGGCCAUUUCAAGAUUCAGAUUGGGGAUGUCAUGCGAGUUGUUGCGCCUUCUAGUGACCAAUCUCAUUCAAACUCUCCUCACCUUGAGGCUGUUUCUUCACCAGAAAAAUACAUCGAGGUAUCCAAAGAGCGUCGGUCGUCACCAGACAAGGAUGUGGAGUGUCUUGGGACUACUUUUGCUCCAAAUCCAAGGCGUAGUCUUGCACCAGAAUAUACAGGAACACGUAAGCGUAAACUAAUGGGACGUUUUAUUGGUUCUCUCACUUCUGCUCCCCCGAACAAAGUCAAUUUACUGUCAUCGGCUUUAAGGAGAGAUUCUCAGCAAAAUGUGAGUGGUGAGUUACAGCAAAGACAGUCUAGUGGAAUGGUCAACGGUGGUGUCCAGCCUUCCCUUGACCACCUGACUCCCUCUUCUCCCCCAUCACGGCAAAGGAGCACCUCCCACUCCUCCGAGGAUAUCAAUAACUCCUCUCAAACUGACCUGAGGAUCACAGAUGUGAGGACAGAUUCAGCGAACAUUAAUUUCACAACCCCCAAUGCUCCCACAAAUAAUGCUUACCAUUCCCAGAAUUCCAUGCCACAGGCACAGGCAAUAUACGAGGCAGGCGAGUAUUUCAGUUUAAUGAACUCUAGGAUCAGUCCAAGUGUAACGUCAUUAAAUGCCAGUAUGCAAAGUGAGGGUGCAAGUGACACUCCGCAGCAGACUGACCCUCAAGGUCAAGUUUAUAUUCCUGUGACCUUGAAAAAUGAUGGUCAAGGUCAAGGUUAUGAGGGGGUGCACAUAGAGGCUAGUGACUCUGCAGCGACUUUCACCUCCUCGAAUGUAUUGUCUUCAGUCACCACUUAUGAAAACAAAUCUAUGCCUUUUGAUAACCGAUCUCUUGCAAAGAAAGUCAAAAGGAAAUAUGUCAGCUGUCGAUUUUGCCCAAUAUGCAACACUCCUCAGAGAAACUUACACACGCAUUUGGAGCGCGUGCACCAUCUCAAUCGUGACGCUCGCCAGGAGUGGUUGCAGAGAGAGAAAAUGGCAAGGCUAGAACGAAGGAACAAUUUGGUGCGACGGAUGACCCUGCCUCAUGUGCCAGUGAGUUCUGAGUUACCCCAGUCCGAUCAGACUGUCAACGAGGAGGGAUAAAUGUGGAUAGAACUGAUACCAGGAACCUGUUCUUCAAUACAACUUUAGCACAAAAAUUGGUCUUAAGUUUUAGACCAAAGAUAUAACCUUCUUCAGGUUAAGAUAGAUUCAAUAAAAAUCCAAUAAUGAAUAAAGUAGGUUGUGAUCUACAAUGUAAACCUUGUCUGCCAGGCUUUAAAACAGGUGCAAUGUUUCAUUUAUUUAAACAGCUGCUGAUAUCAUUUAUGUCAAAGUAAAUUAAAAUUUUGGUCUAAAGGUUUUGGACAAUUUCCUGGUGG